AGCUUCCUGGGCUCGCAGUUUCCUGGGCUCAAGCUUCUGGGGCUCCCCAAAGGCAUUCCCAGUGGAAACGGGGACAGGCCUUAAACAGGCCCAGCGAGACUGGCGCGCGAUGGGCGAGCGGUGGUCAGGCUGCGUCCCGUGGCUGGCCAGAUGGAGCGGGAGCCCGUGGGCUCCGGGCUGCGCGCGGGGUGCCGAGUGCGAGGAGAGCUCUCGCCCACGCGUCGCAUCACGCCGACAUCGCUGGACGAGUCGAUCUCUCGUUUGGCCGCGGGAGUUCGGGACUGGCGGCCGGCUGGCCGCUUCACCUUCGUGCGCACGCUGCAGAGCGCGCCCCGGAACCACGGGCGCGUGGACGCUUGGCAGGAUGCGCUGCAGGUUGGAGGAUUCGUGGCCGUCAAGCGCAUGCCGAGGUGGUGGAUCGGGUCGGGGCCGGAGGACUUCUGCCGCAGGCGCCCGGGCGAGUUGGAGCGUCCUUGGCACGACCUCGGCGUGGUGAGGGAACUCGGUCGCAGGCGGUACCCGUACGCGUGCCGCCUGGAGGGGAUCUUCGAGGACGAGACGCACGUGUACGCCAUGACGGCGCUGGCGACUCAUGGCGACCUGCUUGAUUGGUCUUGCGGGCUCCCUGCGGACCCCGCCCUCAGGGAGCUGGAGGUGGCCCCCGUUGCGGCCCAGCUGUGCGUGGCCGUGCGGCAACUGCACGAGCUCGGGCUGGCGCACUGCGAUAUAUCCUUAGAGAACGUGGUCCUCUCAGCCGGUCCCCAGCCGGGCACGCCCCUGCAGCUGAAGCUGAUCGACUUCGGCAUGUCCGCGCUCGGGCGCAUCCAGAGGGACGUGGCCCUGGGCAAGAGGAGCUACUGCGCCCCCGAGGUGUGGCGCGGCGGUCCGGUGGACGCCUUCCUGGCGGACGCCUUCUCGGUAGGCGUCGCGCUGUUCUGCCUGGCGGCCGGGGUGUACCCCUGGCCCGACACGAGACCCGGGGCUUCGCGCGCGCUCGAGCACGCCAAGCGCGUGGGCAUGGAGGCACAUCUGGCUGCCCGGCGCGCCCGGGGCGACGGGGCCCUGCCGGGGCUCUCGCGGCAGCUGGAGGCGCUCCUCGCCGGGUUGCUCGAGCCUGACCCGGCCUCACGCAUGUGCCUGGGCGAGUCCUGCUACCUGUCGCGGCGGCCCUUCAACCCCUGCCGUGCUCGCCCGAGCCUGCUUGCCCGCGCCGCCCGCCCUCCGCCGCUCCGCCUUCGGCUGCGAAUGGCUCCGCGCCGCCGCGGGCGCCCCGCCCUGCCAGGCCCGCGCUGGCGCCGCCCCCGAGGCGCCGGCGAGGGCGGCGAUGGCGGAGGGCGGCGGGCACGGCGGAUGCCGAGAGGCGUCGGCCAGCACGUCGGCAGGCACGGGCGCCACGGCGGAGAGCCUUCCGGCGUCGAGGGGUGCCUCCUGCGGUAGCGCCUCCGGCGCGGCGGGGGUCGGCAACGGCGAGCUUCUCCUGCGCUGCAGUGGCGAGUCACGGGCGCCACGGGCGAGGUGAAGCGAGCUUGCGGAUGGAAUUUCCAGAUGGUGGCUUUUCGCAGAUUUUACAGGUGGAGCGAGUUUACAAAUUGGGGCGUGCCACAUCGCCGAGAGUUUUCGGCAUCGAGCGCUGCGGCUUACCAGAGGUGCUGCGGUUCCAGAUCUUGCCAGGGAGCUCUCGGUUUCUGUCAGUAUGCUGUUCUUUCGUUUCCAGCCGCUGCAGCCACAGUACUGGCGCUGUGCGCUUUCCCAGCUGCUGCGGUGCAGCAUGCCGCUGAACCCUUUUGCCAGAGUAGGGGGUCAAUGCGCCCUGCGUCUCUAGAUUUCGGUUGUCUCUCGCAAGCGUCGUUGAGGCAAUGGAAAGCGCGGAUAGGGGCGGAACUCAACUCCUUGAGCAGAGCGCGACCCUGCACAAGCAGCCGUCGGGCAUUGCUCUUGCGCUAGACUUCCUUGCAGGGCAAGGCAUCCAUUUGCUUCUUGACUGCCCAGGCCAUGAAUGUUUCGCGCAGACCGCGGGUCUCAGCUGAGAGUGUACGGACACCAGGCACAUUUCCAGAUCUUACAGCUCCGGGAGAUUUUGCACUGGCCGGCCUCAGCUUCUGAUGACAAUGCGGUCUUUCAGAAGCCACGCGCUGCGGUGGUGCAGUCGUUGCCAACUAUCAUCAGCAGCGCGCUACCACUGACAGCAUGACCAAAACA